AUUUUCAUAAAUACUGUGGUAUAAUGGAAUUGAACGAAGAAACUUACUGGGGAGAUGUGGUUGAAGAAAAUGAUACCGAAAGCGCUGUAAACUAUGAAGAAUUAUUCAAACCAAAAGCUGUAGAAUGCUCUGAUUUUAAACUUCAUCAAAUUUAUUUGCAAGAACAUCAAACAAAUGAUGAGGAUGCUUAUCAGUUGUCUGUUGCUCCUCCUGUUGACAAACAUGGACAGAACUUGCUGCUUCACAGUAUCGAGCUCAAACACCAUAUUAGGAAAAUGAUGCUGAUGAAGAUGGCUGCCCAGCAUCAACAGGCUGGAGGAAAUAAAAAUGAAAAUCUUCCACAAUUACCUGCGGCACCUUUGCCACCAAAAUCCUAUUGUGGUAAAAAUGGAAUUCAUGUUGCCCAAAGACAAAGAGGUUUUUUAUUAAAUCCUCCCGAGAUUGAUGAAAAAAGUCCAUUUAUCACUGGCUGUGGCCACAGUCCAGUCGAGCUGGACUCCGAUUCAUUGAGAUAUCUCUCAUACAAAGCUAUUGCAGCUAUUUGUUGUCACUGCGGUUUUGAAAAUGCUCACGAGUCAACGCUGGAUGUAUUAAGUGAUGUGUUGGGUGAUUUUUACAAACGUUUUACAAGGCUUCUACGAAUUGCAACCGAUGCCGAAGCGUCACAAAGAGAAUCCAGAUUUCCUAAUGUGAUAGAAUAUGCUCUUCAAGAGUCUGGAAUGGGAGGUUUUAAUGCAUUGUGGCGGUACUGGUGUACUAAUAUUCUUGAGUAUGCUCUUCGACUUGAGCAGGAAGAUCAAAGACUCAUAGCCGACUAUGAAAAGUUGACAUGAACGGAAAAUUUCUUUACUCAAAUUGUUCUAAAAUCAUUUAUAUACGUGGCUUAACCUUCUGGAUCAUUUCCAACCAUUAAAAAGUUCUGAUUGUGUUGAAGGGGCGUAAAACCAGCAAUGGCUGACAAUGGUACUGCUGAUCUGUUGAUACGUAGGAGCAAUGAGGAUCAUCCUUGAGGUUUUGCUGGGGUGGCACACGUACUCAUAGGAACUUCUGCGAUGCUUUUCUUUGAUGGCACGCAGGAACAAUUAGGAUCGUCCUCGAGGUUUUGCUACCGUGGCACCUACGAACAAUUUGGAGCUUCUGCGAUGCUUUGCAGUAGUAGCAUAAAGGAACAAUGAUGGUUUCUAUGAUGCUUUGCUUUGGUGACACGUAAGAUCGAUGUGGAACUUCGGUGAACCUUUGGUGACACUUAGGAACAAUACGGAAACUCGGUGUAACCCCUCUUCAAAAAAGAUUAUAUUUUCCUUUUUUUUGGAAUACCCCCGCGCUUGCAAUCAUUUUAUCAAUGUUCUGGGAAGCGCUGCAUGUCAAAAAAAAGACAAGGACAUAGAUAAUGAAUGGACAAACAUAUGUUUUGUCUUACCAUCUAGAUAUCUGUAAAAGACCAUCUAUUUCUCUUAUUUUCUGACAUAUUCCGCAUGAUUGUAUAGUCUAUUUUAACUGCAGAUAGUUGCUCGAUUACUUAUAUACGUUUGAGCAAUGAUUGGUCGAACGGAAUUCUA